GCCUAUAAAUCUCCUAGCAGGGCUCUUUCCAAACUUCAGGACAUUCCCCGGGGGAAGAGUUAAGAUGCAGCUUUUGCGUCAGAUGCUGCGGCGGGCUCUCCGGCAGGGCUAGGCUAAACCUCUCCCCCGCAGCUGCCCCAGCAGGUUGUUUGCAAAGGUCAAUCCCACCGGCUGCCGCCGCCGAGCUCAGCCGCUCUUGGCUCAGUCCUCAAGAUCCACGGGCCAGCAGUGGUGACCAGUGACCCACCUUGUUCUCGCUUAACCCCGUGCAGGAGUGGAAAGCCGCUGGCCGAUCCCGCCGGCCAGGCUAGCAUGACGGUGCUCCACUUGCACCUGUACCUCACUGCCUUGGGCUUCUGGCUGACACAGCACUCCAGCUCCUUCCUGCUGCCCAAUGCCACCGAAGUCCUGUCCCCCUCUGGGGGCAGAGCCGCGGGCCUGCUGUGGGGUGUGGGGGUCCCCCGUAGCCGUCGGAAGCGAUACCUCUCCCCCCGCGACAUGAGCACAAUUUUGGAUUACCAUAACCAAGUGCGGGCACAAGUUUCCCCCCCUGCCGCCAACAUGGAGUAUAUGGUGUGGGACGAGCGGCUGGCCAGGGCAGCAGAGGCGUGGGCUGCACGCUGCCUGUGGGACCACGGCCCCCCCCAGCUGAUGAAAUACAUGGGGCAGAACCUCUCCAUCCACUCAGGCAGGUACCGCUCCGUCGUGGACAUGGUGAAAUCAUGGCACCAGGAGAAGCAGCACUACUCCUUCCCCCAUCCCCGUGAGUGCAACCCCCGCUGCCCCUCCAAAUGCAGCGGCUCUGUCUGCAGCCACUACACGCAGAUGGUGUGGGCGUCCUCCAGCCGCCUGGGCUGCGCCCUCGGCACCUGCGCCAACGUGCAGGUGUGGGGCAGCACGUGGCGGCACGCCGUCCUCCUCGUCUGCAACUACGCCAUCAAGGGCAACUGGCUGGGAGAAGCGCCGUACAAAGUGGGGCGGCCGUGCUCAGCCUGCCCCCCCACUUACGGUGGGGGCUGCUCCAACAACAUGUGCUUCACCGGACUGAAAUCCAACCAAGUCAGCUGGUUCUAGGGCUGCAGCCCCGCGAGGAAGCCCCCGGCGAUGGGGACGGGGUGAACCAGAAUUAUUUAUAACACUAACCCCCCCAGCAGCCCGGCUGUCCAACCUGCUUCAUCCCUAGUGCCGUGUAGGAAACUGCUUUUUUAACACACGUCUCCAGCAGCGCUCGCGUCGUCUGGCUGCUUCCCACUUUGGGGGAAAUAGGAAUGGUUCAGAUCCCUGUUGCCUGAAAGAGGGACAGUUUGGGGAUGCACGGAGGGAGCGGGGCUGGCUGGCAUGGUCCCUGCUCCACAGGCUUGGGGGCUUUCCCCACUGACCCCCGCCUGUGCUAAGCAGAGGCUGGUGUAAGCGAAUACCAAGAUGUUCCCCUCGUGGCGAGUGGCUGGAGGAGAAGUGGGGAGCUCCAAGCGUGCCCCUGCUCCUUGGCAGCCCCUCCAGCCACAAGCCCCCCAAUAAAGCAG